AUGGUUCAGCACCAGCUGACGUCUGUCAAGGCCAUCCAGGCGACAGAGAGCGCCAUGGCCGCCCUCAUCGAGGAUGGAACCGUUGUGGCGUGGGGGCAUCAAGACUACGGAGGCGACUGCAAAGCCUUCGCACAGCGGCUUCAGCACGUGCGCUGCAUACAGAACUCCUACAGCACCUUCACAGCCAUUAGCGACGAUGGUUCUGUGGUGACGUGGGGUGACCCUGAGUUUGCCGGCGAGGGCAUGCGCCCGCCGGCCAACAUGGGCAAGGCCCUGCUGGCAUGUUCUAGCUUGUAG